AAAAGAAAGAGAGCGUGUUUGCGUGCGCGCGGGGGGCAAGUGAGAAAAAGGGUUAGAUCUCCCAUCUGUAAAACACAGUAAUUACUUAUACUUGUGAAAUUGGUAUCUCUUCUUCCACAAAAUUCCACCGCAAAUUCCAUAUCAAAUUGGAGAAAUGAAGGUGCUUUUGUGCUCUUUUCUAAGGCAAAGUCGUUAGAAUUUUCGGUUUUCAAUGGACGAGGCAUGAUUUCAUUCAGGAUCUAGUGUCAUACGUCUGAUAAAGCAUCUGAGAGUUUUCUAUCUUUUAACAAACUUUGCUGACCGUUUCUGUCAAAGGAAGUUCACACUCUGCGUGGAAUGGAAUCACUGCAUCCUAUUUAACUGAAAUGUUGGUGGAGAAGUUGGUGUAUGCAUAUGAUUACCUCAUGUUGUGAUUAAGAAAAAUCUGAAUAAUUAUCCCAGGCGCACAAAUCCUGAUGUGAUGGAAAACCAACGGUUACCCCAAAGCAGUGAAACCAGUCAUGAAGUUGGUUCAUCUUUUGAGAAUGAAGAAUCAAGGAAUUCUUCUAUAUCAUGUCACAGUCUGGAUAAGGAAGCAGGCUUUCCUUCUUGUCGAGUGUGCCAGUGUUCUGAAUCAGACAAGAGGGGAGUUGCUGCAUUAGGAUUUCUAGGAAUUAUUCCACCAGCACCGGAUGCAUACAGUAGCAAUGGAGAGGUGAGGCUUGAUUGCCAUGAAGUGGUGAAAAAUGACGAAAAUGUUUCCUUCAACAGAAGUAGCGCGAAAGGAUCUGGACUAGUUGAAUUCAUUAGUCCAAAAGGGGAGGUUUUUGUUUGUAAUGGUGAUAUAGAGAUGGGUUAUGAUGAGAACCAGGACACUUUGAACGAGCUUGGCUGUGCGUGCAAAAAUGAUCUUGCUAUGGUACACUAUGCUUGUGCGCUUAAGUGGUUUAUUAACCAUGGAUCCACCAUAUGUGAGAUUUGUGGAUGUGUUGCCAAAAACAUUAGAAUUUUGGAUUUCAAGAAAGUUGUGAGCUCUUUGAAGGAGUAUGAUGCAUUGAGGGAAAGGACUGCAAAUGGGGAGCCUAAUCCUGCACAGGCGCUGGAAAAUUCAACUGUAGAUCCUGAUGCUAUUGCAGCUAUUCGAAGGCAAAGGUUAAGUGAAAUUGCACUGUGGUUCAACCCCCAUAACCACUAUUCCACUGCAGUUUCCCAGGUUGUUAGUGAGCCGGCUUCUGGUUCUAACAUUGUUCCAGAAGAAGCUCUUCCUGCAGAAAACACUGUAACCAAAUGGGCUGUUGAGGGUACUGGGAUCCUGCUCGCUACAGGGCUUCUUACUAUCACUCUUGCAUGGCUUAUUGCUCCUCAUGUUGGGAAGUUUGUGUUAACAAGAAUCAAAUAUGGCCCUGCUCGAUACUGGGCUAUCCUAUUUGUCUUCUGGUUUCUUGUGUUCGGUAUAUGGGCUUCAAGAACACAUGGUGCCCAUGCUACAUAAUCAAUUUUCCUCCUUGGGGAUUUGGUGAUAUCUUAGAGCAGUGAUGUUCAGUUGCUUUUGUUGACAUAGUACUACCAGUAAAAUUGGCGAGAUGAUUAUUGUACUACAGCUUCUCUGGUGCAGUGCUAAAAAGUUUUAUGCAGAUGUAAGCAACAACAAGAUCUCUAUGUGCUGCAUUGCAUGUGUAAAGCAAGCUCUUGAUUUUUCUCAUUUAUUUUGUUUUAAUUUUUCCCUAGGGUAACCUGGGAGGGGGCGAGUUAUGUAGAGUAGCGGUGUUUGCUUUAGUUGUUCUCGAUAUCUGGGGGAGACUUAUCUCAUUACUCAGGAGUUGAUUUCUUUAGAAAAGUGAGGAAUUCCUUGGUAGUGGUUUACUUAUAUUCAUUUUGUACAAACUAACCAUAUGACUGCUUCAGGAGCUCUGUAACCUGUAAAUAAGGUGAGCUCUGCUGCAUGUCCGUUCAUAUCCUGGCGACUUCACGUUCUUUUUUCAUGGCUAUGUCAUAUGGAUAAUUUCUGAUGCUACUAUAUUUGCAGAAAUUUGUUGCUGUAUAUAUGGAAAGUCCAGUCAUUCUGAAUACUAUUUGUUUUUCCCCUCCAAACGUUCAACUCCAAUUAUUAGCCAAAAAGUUGGAAUACGCCCGUGAAUUGUCUUGAUCUUUCUUUUGCAUAAAGUAGUUCCCAUCUAAGCUGUUGAAGUUGAAUGUUCCAAUCAGCUUAUCAGAAUGGUGUUUGACUUGGUCUCUGAGCACAUUUUCUUUCGUCAAUUUAUUUAGGUAGAGCUUCCUUUUCAUCUUUCCUUGAGCCGAGGAUCUAUCGAAAAUAAUUUCUCUACUUUCACAAAGUAGGGUAAGGUGUGCGUUUAUGCUACCCUCUCUAGAUCUUAACUUUGUGGGAUUAUACUGAGUUUGUUGUUGAUUUAGUAAAGUAGAGCCGUAAACAUGGGUCGGCCCGUGAGGCUGGUCAAACCCAAUCCACCAGUUGGGUGAGGUUGGACUAGGAGAAACUGUCAUUUUCUGCUUGCAAUUGGUGAAUGCCAAGUAAUGGAUUGUUUGUA